GUGUACAGUAACUGCUCUAGUGCUCUAUCAUGCCACAAUGUGGCGGCGUAGCACAAUUUAAAAAAAAAAUUCUCUUCUGUCGUCUGUUGUUUACUUUUCAUGAACAACAAUAAUUAGUCGUGAUUGAACUUCCCCGUUAGUUAAACAAAACAACCGAAUGUGUAAACAUGUUUUUUGAGCUCCUAAAGAGAAAACAAAAUCCCGCGUUUGGUGCUGCUCACCACUGUUGUCGGUUUGAAGUCACCACGACCGAAUACACUUCUGCAUUUCCAUUUUAAAUCCGUGAUUGUUUUUAUUUGAGACUCGCCGCCAUGGACGAAUCAACGUUCCUGAUGCUGCUGUCUGUCCUAAUGUUGGUCGCCAGUUAUUUAUCUGGCAGUGUUCCACUAGUGAUGCCCAUGUCCGAAGCCAAAUUGGAACUCGUAUCCUUAUUUGGAGCUGGCCUCCUUGUCGGGACUGCGUUAGCUGUGAUAAUACCUGAAGGAAUCCAUUCCCUCUACUCGACUGUGGCACCACACAAAACUACUGAUAAUAUAACAGUCGCAGUAGAUUUCAGUGAAGUUAACUUUCAUUCAGUUAUUGGAGUUACAUUAGUAUUAGGAUUUACACUAAUGUUGCUAGUAGAUCAACUGUCAUCAAAAUAUACAAAAGAUGUAGAAGCUGGAUUUGCCAGCCGUAACUCUGGUAGUAUGACAGCUACUCUAGGUCUUGUAGUGCAUGCUGCUGCUGAUGGUAUCGCUUUGGGAGCUGCAGCUGCCUCAACUCAAACAGAAGUGGAAAUGAUAGUUUUUGUUGCAAUAAUGUUACAUAAAGCACCAGCUGCCUUUGGUUUAGUCACCAUUCUAUUACACCAUGGACUUGACAAAAAAAGAAUACGUAGACACCUGAUAGUAUUUUCUAUGGCUGCACCCCUAGGUGCACUACUCACUUUCUUUUGUAUAGGACAGGAAAGUAAAGAAACAUUGUCGUCCAUGAAUGCCACCGGAGCUGCCAUGUUGUUCAGUGCAGGAACAUUUUUGUACGUUGCCACUGUUCAUGUACUUCCAGAGUUGAUGGUCAAAGCUUCUAGAGGUGGCUGUGAUACUUUUAACCCAUUACAAUUGUUGUGCUUAGUAUGUGGUACUGUGACACCGUUAAUGUUAUCGGUCCAUCAUGGCCACUAACUACUAAGACCAAAUACAUUUUUAUAACUGUUUCUUAAUUAUUGCAUGAUAAUAAUAUUUUAACAACAGUUCAUAAAUAACCAAGUUUAAAUGCAAGUUAUUUUCAAAAAGCUACAAUGUUUCUAAAUCUUAAUUUUGUAUCUCAGGAAAUAUAAAAACUAAUAACAUCAUAAGGUCAAUACAGAAAAAGGAUAUUAUUUUUUUGUUAUCUAUUAAGAUUUUCAGUAAAAUAUUGUAGUUAUUUUUACUUAUCAAUCGUUUAACAUAUCUAACACAUUAUAGAACUUGAAUUUCCAAAUAUCUGGGUUCAAGUAAUAUUAUUUUAAAAAUCAACGACCAAAGCAUUUUAAACUAAUAAACUCAGAUUUUUUUUUUCAAUUACCAUAAUCAAUAAAUAC